AUGUCAUCAACUCAGCGUAAUAAAAUCAAAAAUGAUACACCCGGUAAGAACUCCUUAUCUAAAGCUAUCAAUGAAUCACUCGAUGAACGUCAAAAUGUAACCUUUACUCGGGGUAAUACUUUAAAUAAUAGCUUCGUUGAAGAAACUGUCAAUCUGCGGUCCGCUGUCAGAAAUAUUUUGCAUGAAGAAAUAAGAGAUAUUGUACGAGCAGCAAUAAGCGAGGAGUUUUCCAUAUUAAGAAAGGAAUUACGCAGCUGUGAAGAUUCGUUAAGCUACUUGAAUAAUAAGUUUGAAGAAAUGAAAAAUAAUGUUGAGGCCUGUGUGGAAAUGAAUAAAACAAUCCAGCUUGAGAACAACUUAUUUCAGCGCAAAGUCAAUGAUUUGGAAUCGAGGUUGUCUGUUAUAGAGCAGGACUCGAGGUAA